AUUCUUCUCUCUCAGCACUCUUUUUUUCUUCUCCGUCCGUUCACGCCGCCGUUCGGACGUCUACGCUGCCCUCCUUCUUCCUCUCCCAAUCCACCAUAGUGUGGAAUUUCAAGCUUGGUGCUUCAAAGGCUAUGCUCAGAAAUUUGUGAAAUUGGGGCAAAGCUGUGGAGCAUGGAGCAUCAUAAAAUGCCUGAGGUUAUCUAGGUGCAGUGAGAGCAUUGCUGCUAAUAUACACGGUGGUUUACCACUCGGAAUGAGGGGAUCAUGGUUUCAUGCCGUCUUGGGCCGAAAAAGCCGUCGAGCCUUUGACGGUCUAUCCUCCAGAAACACCACCUUGCAGUAUCUUGCGCGUAACCCAAUUCCAACAUUCUUGAGUAAUGGAGAAAGGAAGCUCUUCAAUGCUACCACUCAAGUAAAAAUAAAGCGUGGGGGUUCUGUCAUACACGGCAUAGGAGUGUCACCUUGCAGAUUUGUCAAUGGGCUGUCUCUCUCUGCGCUUUCUUCUUUUUUAACUCACAAUGCAGCAAAUUUUUGUUCUUUGCCUGAAAAUGAAGCCAGGAUUGAGCCGAUGGGUUCUGUUGUAUUACCUUGCCCGGGUGAUUUAAGCAGUGAAGUGAAAGAGGUUCGAGUUGCUGCUGAUGAUAGUGAUUGUGAUGAGCCAAGAUCACAACCUAAAGCUAUAACUCGAGAAUCUAUUGACUUCACAAAAAUUCCAAUUGAGAAGCUUCCGUCUGUCCUUAUUAUAGGACGUCCAAAUGUUGGGAAGUCAGCAUUGUUUAACCGUUUGAUUCGGAGGAGGGAGGCACUUGUUUACAACACCCCUAAUGACCAUGUUACACGUGAUAUAAGAGAUGGAAUUGCUAAACUGGGGGAUUUACGUUUUCGCGUUCUAGAUUCAGCUGGCUUGGAGGCAGAGGCUUCUUCAGGUUCUGUUCUUGGUAGAACUGCUGCUAUGACCAGAUAUGUGUUGGCAAAAGCCCAUUUGGCACUUUUCUUGAUUGAUGCAAGAGAUGGAUUGCAGCCGUUGGAUUUGGAUGUUGGAAAGUGGUUAAGAAAGCAUGCCCCUGGUAUGAAGACAAUAGUGGUAAUGAAUAAAGCUGAGCUGCUUGAUAACGUUUCUGGCUCUCUUGGUGCUGCUGCUGGUGAAGCUUAUACAUUAGGAUUUGGUGAUCCUAUUGCUUUAUCUGCGGAGACUGGAUUUGGGUUGGCAGAGCUUUCUGAAGCUUUGAGGCCACUGCUUGAGGAUUUUGUGCUACAGAAUAUUGACGUUCUAGAAGAAGAUACUUGCGAUGAUAGCUCCUACUUGGAUGAGAAUAUUGACUCUAAGCUUCCAUUGCAGUUGGCAAUUGUUGGAAGACCAAACGUAGGGAAGUCUACUUUGCUGAAUGCUCUCAUACAAGAGGACCGAGUUUUAGUAGGACCAGAAGCUGGUUUAACUCGAGAUUCAAUCCGAGUUGAAUUUCAGUACGAGGGGAGAGACGUUUAUCUUGUUGAUACCGCAGGUUGGUUGGAGAGAACAAAACAGGACAAAGGCCCAUCAUCCUUGAGCAUUGUGCAAUCAAGGAAAAACCUAAUGAGGGCCCAUGUGGUUGCACUAGUUCUGGAUGCAGAUGAGAUUGCAAAAGCUAAAAGGAGUAUGAAACAUGCUGAAGUAGUUAUAGCAAGGCGAGCAGUAGAAGAAGGUCGAAGUUUGGUUAUUGUGGUGAACAAGAUGGAUCUUUUGUCGGGUAAACAACAUGAAAGGGUUGUCAAUAUCGUACCUGAAGAAAUUCAGAGUGUAAUUCCUCAGGUGACAGGAUUACCUGUGGUAUUUGUUUCUGCACUUGAGGGCAAAGGAAGGAUGGCUGUGAUGCGCCAGGUUGUUGAUACUUAUGAAAAAUGGUGCUGUAGACUGCCAACAUCUCGUUUAAACCGCUGGCUACGCAAGGUUAUGAGCAGACAUUCUUGGAAAGAUCAGUCCGCCCAACCCAAGAUCAAAUACUUCACCCAGGUGAAGGCCCGGCCACCUACGUUUGUUGCGUUUGUGAGCGGGAAGGUUCAGCUAUCGGACACAGACCUCAGGUUCUUAACGAAGUCACUCAAGGAAGACUUUGAUCUGGGGGGGAUUCCUCUGCGUAUUAUGCAGCGGACCGUUCCUAGACGUGGCGAGGGUGAACCCAAAAAGAACACACGACCUGCCGGAAAAACAACACAACGCAUGGUUAACUAGCUCGAACCGAAUAAUGGUGCACUAUAAUUAGCUAGUGGAGUUUAAACAUUAGUAUAAUUUCAUAACUAAAGGUACACUUCAAAAUUAUGAUAGUAUAAUUAUAAUUUCAUGACUAAA